GGUACAGCAGGAGUUUGUGUUUGGACAGGUUGUGCUUCAGCGUCUUGAAGUGAAGUAAACUGAGCUUUUAUGGCUUUUAUGUAGUUUGGCUCGAUGAUUCUUUUAAGGAAUGCAUGGAAAUGGCACACACAAUUCCCCAAACUAAAGAGCACUGGGCAGGGACCGGGAAUUGUCUGGGCUUGUUUCUUCCGGAAGUAUCUGGCCCACGUGUGUUUUCAGGGUCUGUGUCAGUGCCGGCCGUCGGAGGGAAACUGUUCGUGUUGUAAGGAGUGUAUGCUGUGUUUGAGCUCUCUGUGGGAGGAGUGCUGCGACUGUGUCGGAAUGUGUAACCCCAGGAAUUACAACGACAGUCCUGCCACCUCCAAGAGCACCGUAGAGGAGCUGUACCAACCAAUCCCAUCGCUCUUUCGCGCUCUGACCGAAGGCGAAGCCCCCAUUAACAUGAUGGUGGUGUCGUUCCCCGUGGCAGAUGAACUUUCCCACCACGAGAACCUGGUGUCUUUCCUGGAGACGCUCGACGGCCAGAGCCACAACAUCUCACUGCCCAGCAGCAGCAGCGUCCAUGAUGAUGCCUUGUGUACGGUGGUCUACUUUGAUGACUGCGUGUCCAUCCGUCAGUGUAAGCAGUACUGUGAGUCUAUGGGUGGAUCAAAGUACCGCUGGUUUCAUAACGCCUGCUGUGAGUGCAUCGGCCCUGAAUGUCUGGACUAUGGCAGUAAAGCCGUCAAAUGCAUGAACUGCCUCAUCUGAGACUGAGAGCUUAACACUGACUCUACACACUUCAUCUGGCCAUUUCUCUUCUUGUUUACAGAUCUUGUUUCUUAUUCUUGUCUUUUGGAAAAUAAGGUCAAGGGUUUUUAAUGUAAGUUAUCAAUAUUGUUUGUGAAGUAUUAAAUCAGCAAGUAGAGGUUGAUUCUCAUUCAAGUCAUAUUCCAUCUGUAUAUAGUUUCCAUUUCAUAUUUCUGGUUUGAUUAUUAAAAACUAAAGUAAAUGUUUUUCAAAUUCA